AGAUGUCCGAAGGCGUCGCUUCUUUUCCUGCCGCGUUAUCCUGCUGGAGAGGGCGAGUGGCGCCCCCGUAUCCAGGUGGCCAGAUCGCGAACUACAUCUGGAUGGUGCACACACCCGUUUAUUGUUAUACAUUAUUAAAAAGUUACGUAACAACCGCUCAAUUAACCCGAUGUGACUGUUGAAACUAAUAAAAAUGUGAUGAUCGAAAGUGUGCUGUGAAUUGGUUAUUAGGUUUAAGGUGCAUAAAACCCGAAUCAAAACUAAAACGGCUUUAAAACAUAGUUGACUCGUCGUUGAGAAAGUCUAUUUUGUUAGUGUUUUCCCGACUUUUAUACGAAACAAUCAAAGUGCGAAAAGACUUGGAACUAGGCCUAAUUAGCAUUAGUUGCAUAAACACAAACCCGCACACCAGCGGUCUCAGUCUCUGAACCGUGGCGUUCGUGGUCAGUGGGGCUCCCGAGGGCCCGAGUUCGCUCCCGACAUGUGGUGACAGCGGGGCCAGUGCCAGUGCCCAGCGGCGGCGAUGGGCAACAAACUCAGCUGCUCGUGCGCCCCUCUCAUCAGGAAGGCGUACCGAUACGAGGACUCGCCGUGGCAGACGUCCAGGCGUCGCGACGGACACCUCCUCAGAUUAUGGGCGGAGGUGUUCCACGUGUCUGCGAGUGGCGCUGGUACCGUCAAGUGGCAGCAAGUUAGUGAGGAUCUCGUGCCUGUUAACAUCACCUGCAUUCAGGACUCGCCGGAAUGCGUAUUUCACAUCACGGCCUACAACUCGCAGGUCGACAAGAUUCUGGAUGUGCGGCUGGUCCAGCCUGGGACGAGGAUAGGGCAAGCGUCGGAGUGCUUCGUGUACUGGAAAGAUCCCAUGACCAACGACACGUGGGGAUUGAAUUUUACCUCGCCCAUCGAUGCAAAACAGUUCAGAGAAUGUUGUUGUGAUUUGUUACAGUCGCCGUCGUUCAAAUUCUCCCGGAAGGCGUCGUCUUCCUACUCGCUGAAGCUGGAGCCGCCGAACAAACAAAAAUUCAAAACGAAACGAAAGCCUUUGAGCACUCCGGCGUCGCCGAGUCGCACUCGCGAGCCGCAAUGCACCUGCAUGACAGCUGAGCAAUACGCAAGACUGAGGGCACAGGACCCACGAUUUCGAGGAUCUUCGACUUUGCCGCGGGCGCAGACCCGCGCCACCGACACGGAGGGAAGAGCCGACAAAGUGACCGCCGCCACUUCUUCCACUAGUCUUUACGAUAACGUUGGUGCUACACAAACUGGUUCAACACAAGGUGAUGUUUGUGAUAAAAAUAUGCUUGCUUUAGGUACUAAAGGGACACAAAGAGAGGGCAGCCAGACCCGGCAAAUGCGCGACCGAGGGGUGCAACAGCAGUCGCAGGAGACCAGCACGAUGACAUCCAACACCGCGACAGGACCAAAAACCGUGACCGCCUCGGUGGGAACGCAAAACAGCUCGCAAAUCGUACAAACCGAAACCCAGUCUCAAACCCAGACCGAAGCGACGAAGACUGAGGGGACGCAAGCGGGAGGCACGCUCCAGAUGAACACGAAGACCUCCUCCACGUCCACGAGGCCUCCGCUGAGGGACAACGCCCACCACGUGCUCACUAAUACCAAGUCGGUGGACUACUCGGAGAUCGACAUGAGGGAGAUGGACCUGCGGGCGGCCCACCACCACAACCUCCUCAACAACAAUAUCAGCAAUAGGAGGAGCAAGUCGAAGAGCACGGAGGAUAUGAACAGGGAGAACAGCAUAAGUUUGGACAGCAACACGUUGAAGAGGAUGCUCAAGCCCAUGCCCAGUGCCGAAAGCCCCGUCACAUCGCCGGAAAUGGGCAGACGGAGGUAUAACUAUUACAAUAAUCAUCACCACAGGCAUCCGAACAACAAUGGGAGGCAUUCGGAACCGGAGUCGGGGCAUCCGCAUCCCAGGUCCGCCAUGGCACAAAAUUCAAGGUUCUCGGGCUCUAGCUUCAAUUACAGAUCAUCGCACGAGAUCGGCCGGGGAUACCCCGGCCGCGGCCUGUACCUGGAACUUGAGCGCGGAGCUGGCGGUGACUUAUCUCCACCUUCCGACAACGUUCUUUUCGACAACCAAUGCUACGCCACAACUCCGAGCUCAAGUAACGGAAAUUCGGACCCGGAACAAGGCGGGCACCAUUAUGGCCGCCAGAGGCACAUGCACCACCAGAACGCCAAUAACACCCCGACCCCUGGCUCCCCCACAAGCCGCCUUCUGCUGGAAUACGAAAUGCACCUCCGGAACACUCUAGCCAAAGGCAUGGACGCGGAGAGCUACAGUCUGCACACUUUUGAAGCCCUUCUGACCCAGAGUAUGGAAAAUUUAGAAUUCGCCGAAAGCCUUCCCGGAUCGACCCAACGCAGCCCUUACCCUUCCCGAAAACGACCUUCAUCCAGCGCUUCCAUCAACAAAUCAUCAACUUUACCACUGUCCCAUCGGCUGGGCGCGGUGGCCCGCGACCGCGAACGCGACGGCUACUACAGCGACCGCAACGAGCUGCUGCGCGAAAGGGAAAAGGAACGAGAACGGGGAUAUUUGAGCGACCACAACUCCAGUUUCAGUUCGAGGUGUGCUUCGUGUAUAGGGGAGUCGAGUCGGGCGCAGUGGUUCCGGCAUUCUGAUGGCUGGAGGUCGGGCAGCUCGAACUUUGGCUCGGGGCAGACGCUGCCGCAAGGGCACAAGAGGUCGCCCUGGGAUUCGUUACCUUCGCUGAGGCAGGACAGCAGUUUGAAUGAUAGCGGAUAUAAGAGCAAUCGGGCCGACAGCUUUGAGCAACGGGGGAUGUUCGAUCGCCAGGACAGUCUUCGCUCGGAUUACAUGAGUGAUAGAGAGUCUUCCAGAUAUGGAAUCGUUCAGCAGGCUUCCAUCGAGAGCGCCGACUCGAGGCUGUGCUAUCUCACGUCGUCAGAGAUAUCCGACGAUGACCGCAUGUCGUUAACGACGGCGGUGUCCGACGAAGAUGAUGGCGAGAGCGUUAUGAACUCGCCUUAUAAAGCGAAACAGACGGGAACCGCCGCUGCCUCUUUCAACUGCACCGGAGCCGUCCGGAAAGCCGGAUUCCUCAGCGUGAAGAAAUGGCUCUUGCGAAAGAAGCACCAGAUCGAACUGGCCCGCAAACGCGGCUGGAAGGGCUACUGGGUGUGCUUGAAGGGCACCACUCUGCUGUUCUACCCCUGCGACUCGCGCGAGGGCCGCUCCGUGGAGGCGGCGCCCAAACACCUCAUCAUCGUCGACGGCGCCAUCAUGCAGCCCAUCCCAGAACACCCCAAAAGAGACUACAUUUUCUGCCUGAGUACGGCGUUCGGUGACGCCUACUUGUUCCAAGCGCCUUGUCAGGUCGAGCUGGAGAACUGGGUGAAUAGCAUUCACAGCGCCUGUGCUGCGGCUUUUGCUCGCCAUCGCGGCAAAACCGGCACUCUGCAUCUGCUGCAAGAGGAGAUUUUCCGCUUGGAGAAAGCCAUCGAGACCGACUACAAGCUCAAACACAUGGCCGAAAUGCAGCAAAGCGUCGUGGGAGACUCCGACGCUCGGCAGCAAAUCGCCAAUCAGGUGGUACAAUGGGAGGAAAACCUGGAAAGGCUGCAUUGCGAACAGUUUCGGCUCCGGUGCUACAUGGCCAGUCUGCAGAGCGGAGAACUGCCCAACCCUAAGUCCUUGCUGACGCACGUCUCGAGAGCAACGAAGAAUACCUUAAAUAAGUUGGGAGUGUUUACCGUUUCCUCCUUUCAUGCCUUUAUUUGUGCGCGGAGUCCCUCUUUACUCAACAACCUGCUCGCAGGCCGAGGAGCGACGAAGAGAAGGCCGCCGCUUCUGUCCAGGUCCAACAGCGGCUCGAGCAGGAGGUCUUUGCAGAUAAAUUCCCGGGAAGAGAGCGAAAAGACCGUUAAGGUGUCACUGCCAGACGGGAAUUCGGCCACGGUCUACGUGCGCGACUCCAUGUCGGUGGAGGAGUUCCUGGCGAGUGCUUGCGCGAGGAAAAACCUCAGCUGCACGGAACACUUCAUAAGGGUGAAGAAGAGGCGGGACAUGGAGGACCACAACUACUUUGUGCCUCACAGAAGCGACCUGAUCGAGACUUACCUCCACACGCACGAAGUCGUCGAGGUCUGUGCGAAAAUCCUGUACCAAGUGGAGCUCUCGCGGAGCACGUUGGAGCAGAUGUGGGGCUUCAGCGUCGAGGCCGAACUGGUCGAAAACGCCGACAGACAGGACGAGCUUUGCUGCUACGUCAGUCGCGUCGAAGAUAAAAGCGUAGCGAUGCAAAACGGCAUCAUAAAGGGCGACGAAAUCAUGGUCAUAAACGGCGCCAUCGUGUCCGACCUGGACAUGAUGUACCUCGAAAGUGUCUUGCAGGAGGAGCUGGCUUUGUGUAUGAUGAUGAGGUCGUCCCGGACCGAGCCUCCGGAACUGGUUGGAAUCCUCCGGGCGACUGACGACAUCAUCGAAAGCUUAGUCUGUCCUCCACCUCCGUCGGAACCCCCAGUCAUCAGCGAGGAAAUGAUCUCCGGACUCAUCGUGCCUGCUCCAGGUUGGAGCAAAGACCGCUACUCUACCGAGUCUGAAAAUCCGCCUUCGUCGAUGACCGAUUCCGGGAUAAAGGUGAGUUCGCGUACAAACUCGUUCGAAAUCGAAAACCUGCUGAAAACUGCUGAACAAGUGACCGGUUUCUGUCGCUCACCUGUUGAAACGCGCAAAUCGAGUCCUACAGGAAGUUUAGUCAGCAACACUUCCCAGACUCUACUAACUCCCUCUCGGCAGCUCAGCGACGCCGAGAAGUUGCGAAAAGUCAUCUUGGAGUUGGUAGAUACGGAGCGAGCGUACGUCAAGCAUCUCAACAAUUUAUUGGAGAACUACUUGGAGCCGCUGAAGCGGGAGACGUUCCUGUCCAACGCGGAAAUCAACGCUUUGUUCGGAAACAUCCAGGAGAUCGUCACGUUCCAGAGACAGUUCCUUCAGAACCUCGAAGAGGCUCUCGAUCUUGAGCCGGAUUUCCAUAAAUUUGAAUACAGCAGCCAAUUUAAAAAUGUAUUGUUUUCCAUCGGGAGCGCAUUUUUGUAUUAUGUAAAUCACUUCAAAUUAUACAGCUCGUUCUGCGCGAGCCACAGCAAAGCGCAGAAAGUUUUGCAUCCGAACGAAGGCAAUCAAGCUCUGCAGGAAUUCCUCGCGGCCCGUAAUCCCAAACAGCAACAUUCCUCCACUCUAGAGUCUUAUCUCAUAAAACCGAUUCAGCGGAUUCUCAAGUACCCUCUGCUCUUGCAACAGUUGCGGAACUUGACCGACCCCAACACCGACGAACACCAACACUUAGUCGAGGCCCUCAAAGGAAUGGAGAAAGUGGCCGAACACAUCAACGAGAUGCAGCGAAUCCACGAGGAGUACGGGGCUAUUUUCGACCACCUCUUCCGCCAACACCAAAAGAGUUCGAAGCAGAGUAUCGAUCUAAGUCCGGGAGAUUUAUUAUAUUAUGGAGGAGUGGAAUGGCUGAACAUAUCGGAUUUCCUGGGGAAAAUCAAGAAAGGGCUUGAACUACACGCGAUGUGCUUCGUGUUUAAAACCGCGGUCGUUUUUCUCUGCAAGGAACGUCUUCGCCAGAAAAAGAAACUAAUGGGCGUUUCCAGUAAGGGUUCCUCAUCCGAAGUCGAAAUUAUUCGCUAUCAAGUGCUCAUUCCUGUAACCGAAGUUCAAGUACGAGCUUCCUCCGCUAAGGAUAUGGAUUCUCAUUUCCUGUGGGAACUGAUUCACUUAAGAAGUCAAUUACAGAGGAGAUCAGAGAAGGUCUACGUUUUGUCUAAUAGCACUGCUGACUUCAGAAACGCCUUUCUUAAAACCAUCAGACAAAUUAUCAGGGAAUCGGUUAGGAAUAUGUCAAUACCGGCGACGAAACCGGGCACGGGACCGGGAAUCCUCCUCGUCACAGGACACAAAGGGGAGAAUCUCAACAGUCAAACACUGGAGCGGCCCGCAACGAAAACAGUCAUAGUGCAAGGAUCACACACUUUGGGCAAAACGAAAAAGAAGUCCUCGCAAAGGCACUCGGCCGGGAAUAUAGACUACGACAACAUCAGCCAGGAAGGGGACGAACCCACCACGACCUUCAGGUCCCGGAGUAAAACAGUAGGAGAUGCCGCAGAUCCUCCCAAACGCAGUGACCACGACCGGAACGACACCGGAGCCAAAUCCGAGGGCGAGGAGGACUCCCAAGGGGGCAAGAAGGCCACUCUCGGCCGGACCCCCAACCACCUAACUCUCAGCACGACCUCGACUUUGUCUGCCGGCAGUACCGGAAGCCAAGCCCGCUUGAUCCAAUCGUCGCACGCCCCGGAAACCUUCCAACCCAUGCAGACCGAAGAACUAGGUAAGAGACCGGAAACCAAAUCCCCGAAAAAACAAGAACGAAGACCCAGUCCGAGUCCAAAAAAUUCCAGAAAGUCCAGUCCGAGAACCCACAGAAGAUCCAGAGACUCUAGUCCCAAAGACGGCAAAAGUCCCAAGAAAAUCAAAUCGUCGCUUAAAUCCCCCAGAUCGGUCGCCUGUGUGGAAGCCAAGAGACAGUAGUUUAGAGGCAACCUCAACCACCCUCCCGCGCAAAGGCAGAGACCACAGUUCGGCUUUAAGCGCCUCGCGUAAGUCCCUCGUCGAGACAACAACCGGGCUAGAGAUACACAAUGCGUAUAGCCACCAGUAGAAAAAUAUUUAUAUCACCUGUUUGUAUGAAGGGGCCGAGCCCCGCCACUGUGCUGUUCAUGCAAACGGACACACGAAUCGAAUUGUUAAACGCUGUACAAGUUAUUUAAAUAAUUGUUAAAUAUUUGUGACUUUACCGACUGAGAAGUUUUUUUCGCCCCUCACUCACUCCCGAGGUAUUGGUUGGGAUUUUGUUCGAUAAAUAUAUUCCAAGUUGUUGUACCAAGACUCAGUAUUACAGGGGAAAAUCAUUCGAUAUACUUUUAGAACGUUUAUGCAUAUUUGCAAGAUCUUUAUAGAGGUAAUUUUUAUUGCAUAGGUUCGUUGUUUGAUGAGAAAAUCUAUCAAAAUGCGCCCGCCGGGAACGCGGCUUCUUCGCGGGCACACUAAUUUAUAAUUUUAGAUCUCAAAAACAUAUUCCUAUUAAUACUAAUAUUACGAUUUGUUGAAAGAAAUUUCAGAUUUUAUUUACUAAUUUAAAGAAUUUUUAAAUAAAAACCUUAAUAUGUAAUUUAAUGCAAUCAAGUGAAUCAGUAGAGAGGGACUAGAACAUUGUCACAUUAUUAUUGAAUAUAUAAAAAUCUAGAAAUAGUUGAUCCGUACGUAGGUUUAAUGAACAAAUAGCUAUGUAUUUUUAAAGAAUACAUAUUAGUUUAAUAAUUUAAUAUUAACUUAUGUAAUAGACGCGUCCGGCGGCGGAUUCUUUCCCCCGAAACGACCCGCCGCCGGCCCUAGAAAUAUUUACAAUAAAUUAACCGAUCACAUUGUCAAAUUCUGCUGUCAACAAAAUGUUUAAUCGCACAAGACAACCAAAAACAAUAUAAUUUUCCAAACUUGGUGCCCGUUUAAUUUCGGUUUCCCACCACCAAGUUGCUCAAAUGUAAUCCUAGUCGUACGUUAUUACUUUUGUAUUAAUUUUUAUUGUGUAAGUGUUCCAUCGCGACUCAGUUCCACCCUCACCCCCUUUUUUUUACUAGCGAGACAAUUAGUACAAGCGAGCGGUGAAGUUUGUCAAAAAAACGCAUCAGUGUUUUUCUGAAAAGUGCCAAAAUCAAAAGAAACGAAUUUAAAUCAUAAACACGUAUACUUAGCUAAUUUCAAAUUGACAAACUGUACUGUUCCUCCGGUCGGCAUUUUUUCAUUUUCACUAGACGAUAAGGAUUUCCUGUAUGUCUGUAUGUAUGUAAAAUCAACAUAAAUGUGCGUAUGUAUGGACGAAAAGGAAAAUUUCAAAUAUAUAACAAAAACUAA